GGAGACAGCGGUCAGAGGCACACGCGGUCCACGGCGCUCGAGAAGGCACAGUCCAGGAUGAACCAGAGCUGAGAACCACAACAUUAACAGAUUGUUGAAAUUGUAUUUGCAAGUAUGCCCAUUCUGAAAAAGCUCCCAGGGAGGUCCAAAAGCUGCCAUGAAUUUCCACGAGUAAACGGAGAGCUGAUUCUGCCCAGGCUGGACUUGGACUGGAGAGACUUGAAUGAUCUGAACGACCUCAAAGAUUUCAACGACUUAAAAGAUCUGAACAAGAACUUAAACCCUUUCGAAGACAUUGAUUUGGACGAAGACGACAAAAACGCCGACAUGGGCCUUAUCAUGGGAGACCACCAGUUCAAACCUAGACGUGAUGGGGAGGAGGAGGAGAAUGAGGUGAACACAGAGCGACAUGGAGCAGGUAACCCCAAAUCCAAGCCUCUGAAGGGAACGCUGGAGAGGAUCUGUGGAGUGUCCCCCCUCAAAACGUUGGGGAAACUGGGCAAGGGGCUUCGGAUAUCAGGGCGUAAUGUGUGGAACACCAACACAGCCCAGUACAGCCCGGGGGAUUCAAACACUCUGCCCACCGAGAGGGAGAAGAGGAAGGGGGUCCGACGAAGCUCCGAAGGGAAGAUUAUGACACUGUUACGGUUUACGGGGCGGCGUAGAGAGGAGCGCAGAGAGAGCCUGCCCUGUGGGGACCUGAGCAUAAACACAGAGGAGGCGUGCAGGCGGCCAUCCUUCCUCAGGAUAGUCAGUCUGGGCAAACUGAAGAGAGAAUCCAUGUCGGACAAGAGCUCUCAGGAGGGCUCUGAGGAAACGGUGGAGGAGGAGCCCGUGGUCAAAACUCGAGAGCCUCUUUCAGUCCUGGAGAUUUUACAGUUGGUGAACCACCGAGAUCUGCUACUGGCUGACACUCACAUGCAGGAGCUUGAACGCGAGUGUGAGCUUCUGUCUCACCUCCCAGCCUCCUCCAGUCCUUCUCUUACCCCCACUACCUGCCCCAGCACCCCGCCUGGCCUCUUCCCACUGUCAGCACAGGCUUUGGAGGAUUCACUCAGCUCCAAUGCGACAGUGGACUCCAGUCGGCGUAAAGCCAAAGACGUGGAGCUCUUGUAUGAGGCUCUGCAGAAGGAGAUGUGGGAUGUGGUCCGAGAGUCGCUUCGUCAGCCCAGCGCUGGCCCCAACCUGGGCCUGGUGGUGCUGGUGAUCCAACAGGAAGAGCAUGCAGACGCCGCCUGGGCUUUCAGAGAUGAGACCAGACCAGAUCGAGAGAGUCUCCAGUCUCAGCCAAGCCAUCGCCCCAGGCGCUUCAAGCAGAAAUGGAGGCAGGCUGUGGCGGAGGCAGCUGAUUGGAGCCUGCCCCUGCAGAUGGACACCACGGCCGGGCAGCUCGCCAACUACCUGGAGCGUCUGCGCAAUCGCAUGGUGGAUGACUUGGACGCAGCCCGUAGGAAUGCUGUGGGCAUUUACCCCGAGGAGUUUUCUGCUUUCCAGGUUUAUGUGGAGAGUUAUCAUAAAGCAGUGGCUAAACGCCUGCGCACUAUUACCAGUGGACCACUGCAAAUCACAGAUGUGUACUCACUGCUAGACUGGUUCUACAACAUCUACAACAGAGAUGUGCUAGGAUACAUUGGUUCAAAAACACCUAUCAACUAUUCAACACUGGAAGCCAUUCUGUCUCAAGAUACAGUGGAUAGGUUGGAACAAGACUGCCUCAAGAUUGUCAAGGACAAUGUGACCACUGAGCUAAUCCACAUUUUGGAUGAAGAGGAGCGAAGGUGGACCCAGACUUUGCACAUAGAGGAGUAUCAGUGCCAGCUGGCACGAUCCGUCAUACAGAGGUUAAAGGUGGACCUAGACAGAUCCACUUCUGUGAACCAGUUUUUGGGUGCCAGAGUUGCUCGCUGUAGUCUGAUUGGACUGGCAGACUUUCUCUACAAUUUUCAGAGGAAGGUGGAGAUGUUCCAUGACACUCAGGCAGAGUUUGGAGACAGAGGAGAUGGCUACGUGUCUAGGACUAUUGCCCUGGUCAACUGCUGUCCUCCUCUUAGGGCUUUUGUGGAGCGCUGCAGGCAGUGUGACCCACAGAGCAGUGAGGAAACAGCCCAGAGAGCAAACUCCUCCAUGGACAGAAUCAUCAACCAGUCUGUGAGGGUCCUGGCUGAUAGACUGUUCGAUAACAUAAGGCCUUUCUUUGAUAAACUCAUAAAAAGAAAGUGGUUAAACAACACAGAGGCAUUUGAAGCCAUCGAGGCCUGCAUUAAACAGCACUUCAAGAAGUUCAGAAGAAUGGACCCACCACCAUACCAGACGCUGGUUGGAGAGGUGCACCGUCGUGUGAUGGUAGAGUAUGUGCGAGCGAUUAUGAGAGGACGGGUCUUCUGCACAUCGUCCAAGAUGAGGAAGAGGAUGGCGUUUCGUUUACAAGAUGAAGCCAAGCAACUGAAAGGACUCUUUAAGGAUCUGGAGUCCCCUGCUUCUUGGUUGGACAGCAUCCUCUGUCACCUGGCAGACAUCAUACUCUUGGAGGACACUCCGUCCAUUCAGGUGGAGGUGGCGGUCUUGGUGAAAGAGUUUCCAGAUAUACGGAAGAAGCAUGUGUCCACACUGUUAAACGUGCGUGGUAUGACGCGGCAGGCAGAGCGCCAGGAGAUUCUGAACAUUGUGAAGGACUUUGAAUGCAGCAGCAGCCUCCUGUCCCGGGACCACGCCUUGUUCUCUGACAUCCCCAUCACCUCAGAGGUUCACUGCAUCAGCUUGGGUCUGCUGAGACUCGCCAUGACCGUCACCAACUGGUUCAGAGCAGAGGAUGAGGCACAGCAGCAGGGCCAGUGUCCGAAGCUCUGCUGCUCAGCCGCACGAGGCCCACAGCAUGGAGGACAGAGGGCACAGAGAGGAUUAACACUGGUGACAAUGACAAGGGCAGAUACUGGAGAACUAUGAGAAACUAUAAGAAGAAUGCACCUUGACCCGAGAACUGUCUGAACCACAUAUUGUUACUCGCCAUUAAAACUUGACUUUAGGUACUCUCUGUACUGUACACACUCAUGUUAUCUCUAUCAUUGGAAACACCAUGUGAGCUGCACUGUGAAACAGGAUAUGCAUCAAUUGGUAUUAAUUUUAACUAAACGGUUAAUGAAAUAGUUGCACAUGCUUGGAAAUGUAACGCAAAAUGGAUGCUUAUUCUGUACCUACACACGCGGCUUAUGGCGGCAGUGCUGUUGACAAAUGUCUAAUGUGCAUAACGUAUGUGAGUAUUGACUGGAAAAGGAAGUGUUGAACUAUCACUGUGAAUGAAAAGGAUCUGUUGCUGGAAACAUAAUAAAAGCCCAUUGACUGGGUUAAUAAA